UAUAUUUAACAGCUGCUGUGGAGAAGGCAGGGAGGCAGGCAGCGGUGGCAGCUCUCGGGGCAACUCUUGUCUUUGGGGACAAGGCCCUCAGAGCCGACUGGCACCAGCCUUCUCAGAGUGAGUGAGGUCACCAUGCCAGCUUCCCAGAGCAGGGCCCGUGCCCGGGACCGGAACAACAUCCUCAACCGGGCUGAGUUCUUGUCCCUGAACCAGCCCCCCAAAGGGGCCCCGGAGGCCCGCAGCAGCUCCGUCAGGAAGGCCUCAGGCCCCUCAGUGCAGCCCCCGCCCGCUGGCGAUGGGGCCCGUGAGCGACGCCAGUCACAGCAGCUGCCGGAGGAGGACUGCAUGCAGCUGAACCCCUCCUUCAAGGGCAUCGCCUUCAACUCCCUGCUGGCCAUUGACAUCUGCAUGUCCAAGCGGCUGGGGGUGUGCGCUGGCCGGGCUGCAUCCUGGGCCGGUGCCCGCUCCAUGGUCAAGCUUAUUGGCAUCACAGGCCACGGCAUCCCCUGGAUUGGGGGCACCAUCCUCUGCCUGGUGAAGAGCAGCACCCUGGCCGGCCAGGAGGUGCUCAUGAACCUGCUUCUGGCUCUGCUCCUGGACAUCAUGACUGUGGCCAGCGUUCAGAAGCUCAUCAAGCGGCGUGGCCCGUACGAGACGAGCCCUGGUCUCCUGGACUACCUCACCAUGGACAUCUACGCCUUUCCUGCCGGGCACGCCAGCCGUGCAGCCAUGGUGUCCAAGUUCUUCCUCAGCCACCUGGUGCUGGCAGUGCCCCUGCGCGUCCUGCUGGUGCUCUGGGCCUUCUGUGUGGGCCUGUCCCGGGUGAUGAUCGGCCGCCACCAUGUCACAGAUGUCAUCUCAGGCUUCGUCAUCGGCUACUUCCAGUUCCGCCUGGUGGAGCUGGUCUGGAUGUCCUCCAACACCUGCCAGAUGCUCAUCUCAGCCUGGUGA